CUCCCCCCCGUCCUCCCUUCCUCCGGCAGCCGCGGGGAGGAUGGUGAUGGUGCAGCCGCCCGCAGCCCCCGAGGCGGGCCGGGGCCGCCCUCCGCAGGGGCUGAGGGGAUGAGCCGUGCCCCGCCGGGGGGUCGCUAGCGGAAGGAUGACCACUCCCGCCCUGCUGCCGCUCUCCGGGCGGAGGCUGCCCCCGCUGAACCUGGGGGCCUCCGCCUUCCCGCACCACAGGGCUACCUUGAGACUCUCCGAAAAAUUUAUCCUGCUCCUUAUUCUUAGUGCCUUCAUCACCCUGUGCUUCGGGGCGUUCUUCUUCCUCCCCGACUCCUCGAAGCACAAGCGCUUUGACCUGGGCUUGGAGGAUGUGCUCAUUCCCCACGUGGACACCAGCAAGGGGGGCAAGAACCUCGGCGGCUUCCUCAUCCACGGGCAAGGGCACGACGAGCACCGGCACAGAGAAGAAGAGGAACGUCUGAGAAAUAAGAUCCGAGCAGAUCAUGAAAAGGCUCUGGAAGAGGCUAAGGAGAAAUUGAAGAAAUCACGGGAUGAGAUUCAAGCUGAGAUUCAGACAGAAAAGAACAAAGUAGUGCAAGAAUUGAAAAAGAAAGACAGCAAGCCACUGCCCCCUGUUCCUUUACCAAACCUGAUAGGGAUACACAGCGGAGAACCAGCAGACCCGGAUAUCCGAGAGAGGAGGAACAAAAUUAAAGAGAUGAUGAAGCAUGCCUGGGACAAUUAUAGGCAAUAUGGAUGGGGACAUAAUGAGCUCAAACCAAUUGCCCGGAAAGGACAUUCCACCAACAUAUUUGGAAACUCACAAAUGGGUGCUACCAUAGUAGAUGCAUUGGAUACUCUUUAUAUCAUGGGCCUUCACGAUGAAUUCAGAGAAGGACAAGAAUGGAUUGACAAAAAUCUUGAUUUCAGUGUGAAUUCUGAAGUGUCUGUUUUUGAGGUCAAUAUUCGCUUCAUUGGCGGUCUUCUGGCAGCAUACUACCUUUCAGGACAAGAGGUUUUCAAGAUCAAAGCAGUGCAACUGGCAGGAAAACUUCUUCCAGCCUUCAACACACCUACGGGUAUACCAUGGGCAAUGGUGAAUCUGAAAAGUGGUGUUGGUCGAAACUGGGGCUGGGCUUCUGCUGGCAGCAGCAUCCUUGCUGAGUUUGGUACUCUGCACAUGGAAUUUGUCCACCUUAGUUAUUUGACAGGAGACCCUGUAUAUUACAACAAGGUCAUGCACAUUCGGAAGUUACUUCAAAAAAUGGAUCGUCCUAAUGGACUUUAUCCAAAUUAUUUGAAUCCAAGAACAGGCCGGUGGGGUCAGCAUCACACAUCCGUGGGCGGGCUGGGAGACAGUUUUUAUGAAUAUUUAUUGAAAGCCUGGCUUAUGUCAGACAAGACGGACACGGAGGCAAGGAAAAUGUACGACGAUGCAAUUGAGGCCAUAGAAAAACAUCUCAUCAGAAAGUCCAAUGGAGGACUGACCUUCAUUGGGGAGUGGAAGAACGGGCAUCUUGAAAGAAAGAUGGGCCAUUUGACCUGUUUUGCAGGUGGAAUGUUUGCCCUUGGAGCCGAUGGUUCCAGAGAUGAUAAAGCUGGACAUUAUUUGCAGCUCGGAGCUGAAAUUGCACAUACGUGUCAUGAGUCGUAUGACAGGACAACACUAAAGCUGGGCCCAGAAGCAUUCAAAUUUGAUGGUGGCGUGGAGGCGGUGGCAGUACGGCAGAACGAGAAGUAUUACAUCCUAAGGCCAGAGGUGAUUGAGACCUACUGGUACAUGUGGAGGUUCACCCACGAUCCCAAGUACAGGCAGUGGGGCUGGGAGGCAGCACAGGCAAUUGACAAGUAUUGCCGAGUUAGUGGUGGCUUUUCUGGUGUCAAGGAUGUGUAUUCCUCAUCUCCUACAUAUGAUGAUGUACAGCAGAGCUUUUUCCUUGCUGAAACUUUGAAGUAUUUGUAUCUGCUUUUCUCCAAUGAUGAUCUUCUACCAUUAGACAACUGGGUUUUUAACACAGAAGCUCAUCCUCUGCCUGUUUUACAUUUAGCCAACACCACACUGUCAGGAAAUCCUGCAUAUCGAUAAAAACAGCUCUAUGAAGAGGAAGAGAGACUGUUUUCAGCUCUGUUUUGUUUACAUGGACCACUUGAGACUUUAGCAGGAGGGGAGACAGACAGACAGACACUUGGUAAACCUAGACCCCCGAGUCAAGCAAGUAUUGGCAUGGGAAAUGAAGCUCUUCAACAUAUAAAUAAGUUAAAAGUUCUGUUUUAUACAUGACCAAAACACGUGAGUGUGAUUUUUGCAGGCGGAGACUUCACACGCUUUGAACCCUGGCAAGACAUGGAAUCUACAGAUGAUAUUAAUGCAGCAGCACGAGAAAGAGGAGGCUUUCCCUUCCAGGGAAAGGAACUUGCUGCUUGCUGUUGCAAGGAACAACACACAGUCACCUCUUCAGAUUGGGUGGGUUCCAAAUACCUAGGUUUUCUUUUCCUUUCUUUUUUUCUUUUUUUCAAAAUUUUUAUGAUGGCAUGAACAAAGCAACACCACUGCACCAGCAGCAUCAGGAUUUGAAUUUCUUUCUGUACCUGUCUGAAUUUUCUAAGGAGCAUCUGUCCAGACUGGCAGCCAUUCUCAGAGCCUCUUAUCUGUUAGACCUAAAGUACAAAAAAUAUUGCCUCCUCAUUUCCCCUUUUCAAAAUAAUGCUUAUAUCCAAAAAAGAAAAAACAAUUAGUAAGCAUUUGCUUUGUAGUUCACUGUCAGCAGAGUGGGCUUAGUUCAUUUGGCAAGCUCAGUCAGAGUCUGGAGUGUAUCACAGGAGUAGGAAGGAGCCUAAGUUUCCCUUCCUCACAAAUUAUGUCACAUGAAAAAAACCAUUCUCCUCUUAAUCCUGGUUCUUUUAGCUAGAUAAAAAGAGAUGACAACAUAAGCAUAACUGUUUCAUGAUUUAUAUAGGAGGAUACAAUAUAUGGAACUAAAAGAAGCUCCCCUUGAGCUAAGCAGUGAGAGCUUGCUGCUCUGUAUUUUUGUAUACAAUCUGUUACAUUACACUCUUUGGAUACUAUUCACAGAACCUUCUUUGCAGGUAUAUGGGUGUCUGACAGAAGCCUAAAACUGCUUUUGAUUUACUUUACAAAACUUGCUUUUCUUCUGGGUGCUCCAGUACAAAUCCAACAUGAUCUUUGGAAGCAGCCUAACAUCUCUCAUAUGUGACUGGAAAAAGAAACUGAAGAGUCUCUUCUUUCAUUAAUUUAUGAUGCUGCUAAAUGCAUGGGGUAUUUUCAAGUACAUCAUGGCUGGGCUGGAUAGUAUCCCUUAAAUGGAGUAUUUUUCAGUCUUCAUUUAUUUGCUAAAAAAAGUUUCAUCUUUCCAGAUUUUUUAUCUUUUCAGUUUUGUCUUCCUCAAUCUCUUUUACUGUUGCUCAGAAUAAUUACAGCUCAAACUAUUCUUUUUAUUCCCCUAUAUAGCUCUCAGAUCUUUUUGCCAUGGUGACUGGCUCCUUUGCUGACAAACAGCCUGCAGGUUUCCCUCCUAAUCAGUGCACAGGUUGAGUCUUUAAAAAAUCUUGAUGAUGUUUUUGUACUGAAGCAAGUGGGAGAACUCUUCAGUGAGCUACAGCAGUACAGCAUCAGAUUUAAAGAGAGUGAGUGCUAUUUUCCCUCCUCAAAAAUGUUUUUCUAUGAAGUUUUUUUAAAAAAAACUUUGCUCCUUAUCAUAUUAUAUUACAUCUGACUGUAGAGUUUCCCCCCAAAAUUACUCUUCAUUUGUCUGUGUCACUAACUUAGACAUAGAAAUCAUCAUAUGAUCUUAAGUAAAAAUACUGUCAGAUGCUUUUUUUCCAGACAGUUACUUUAGUUUAAGAGGAAGAAAACAUGGGGCUUGGGAAAAGUUUGAGUCUCAAUGUUUCUACCUUAAUACCAGUUACUUUGUUACUGUAAUUUGCAGCCGUAUCCUAAAAAUAAUUUGAGAACUUAUAAAGUAAUUGGUAUGGUAAAUAAUACUGAUUUCAGUAAUUGUUUAUUUAAAAUUAGAAGUAGCUUAAUAAAUGGAUUCUUCUUACUGGCCCCACAUUAAUUUAUUUUUCUAAUUAUUACUCAGUGACUUACUGAAGAACUAGCAAUUUUUCAUUUUCCCAAGUUCAGAUAUGCUGUGUUUUCAAAUUGUUUUUCUGAUCCUAUGAGAACUGUUAUUAGUUUAAAACUGCACUUGAUUGCCUUGUUCUCCUACAUGUCUCUGGGUAUAUAGAAGAAAGAGGAAAAGCAGACCUUUCUGUUAAGAAAGAAAGAAAGAAAGAUUUAAAAAUAAUAAAAGCACUUUCUGCCCCAUAGACCUGUCCCUGUACUCCCCCUGGUAAAUGCAGGUGUAGAAUGGCUGCCAGUCUGUUCAGAGAAAUGUCAAGGAGUCCCAGAAACAGCAAACCUGCUUCUCCUCCUCCAUCCCCCUCUUGUGAAUUAAAGAGGAACCCUUCAAAUUUUCAAACUUCUCCAUGAAUCCCAGUGGGUUAACUUAUUGCCACAAGAAUGUCUGAAUUGAAGACAAAGCCAUUUCAUGUUAUGGGAUGGUGUUCUUCUCAAAGCAGAUGUACAGUACUGCUGUUUCUUCUUUGUGUAGAUAAGCAGCAGGAACCAAAUAAAGAACACUUGUUUCUUGUUUCCUAGUCACCCCAAUAACAGUCAGUUUAUACUCCAUCAUUCUUUAAAGUACCAACUGGCCUUUUCCUCCAGAAGCUAAUGAUGUGCAGAGUCUAUCAAAAACAAUGCAUUUUAAGGACUAAUUACUGUGUCUUUCAUAAAUUUCAUCCUGAGAUUUCCUAGAUCAAGCAGAGUUUGGAGUUUAUGGGUUCUGGCCGAGGUACAUGCUUAAUUACCAGGCACCACAGAUACUGAAACUUCAGACUGAAGUGAUGUGCCCUCCUUCUGAGUCCUUCACAGAAAAGUAGGUUCUGAUCUGCAAAAUGGCAUUACGUGCAACCCAAAGUUCAGACUGUUUUCCCUCUGGGUACAUAAGGUACAGUAGAAUGUUGCCAUUUCAUUCUGUUGCUGCUGUCUUACUUUCUUGAAGAUAAGAGUGUAAAUUUAAGCACAAAAAUGACUUUUUAGUCCUAGCUGUUUCUGAGUCUUGCACUGUACUCUCUAACAAAACAAUCCUCAUUUUCUCUAGGUAGCUGUCCCAUUUUACAACUUCUACAAUACCCUCUCCCCUUACAGAAUGAAAUAAAAACCAGAAAAUCAUGUGCAUUUUUGGCACACUGGAUUUGGGCAAGAGCCUGGAAAUCCCCAAAUUGUCUAUUUCCUGUU